AUGGGAAAGGAUAGGAUAGAAGAAAUAGGAAUUGCCAAUGUUAUAAGAGCAUACAAUUGGAAUACAAAGCUUUUAAAAUGCGUGGGAGUUUGGCCAUUGAAAAUCUAUGAUCCAAUUUUUCUCUUCUUCUUUAUAUAUCUUUCGAUUCAUUGUUCCUUAACAUUAGCACAUUUGAUUUAUUUUCCAAAAACUGUCGACAACGUCGUAUCGAAUAUAUCGGAAAAUAUUAUACUAUCGAUGACACUUACGAAGAUAACAACCAUUAGAAUCAAUAGAAAAUCAUUGGGUAAAUUAUUGAUGGAUGUCAAAGAGGACUCAUUGUCUGAAAAAUACGAGAGUAAGGACGAGAAAGAGAUAUUCUACAAAUAUACUAAAUUACCACCACGUUUUAUACUAACAGCUGUCAUUUCAAUGACUCUUGCCAUAUUAUUGUAUUACGUGAAUGGACUUAAGAUUGGACUUCAAAUUGCAAAGCAGAAUAAUUCCAUGGGUAAUCAAUUGCCUUAUAAAGUAUUAGUAAUCAUCGAUUUGAAUGAUAAUAGGAUUUAUGCAUUGGUAUGUGCUUAUCAGACAGUGAUCAUACCGUCUAUCAUAUUUGGUUAUGUAGGAUUUGAUUGUAUGUUCGUCAAUUUGUCCACACAAAUUGUCGCACAAUUCGCCAUAUUGUCGCAUAAGAUGAAUGAUAUAUUAAAUAAUUCGGAAAAUUAUCACGAGGGUAUAAAAAAACUUGUAUUACGACAUUAUCGAUUGAUAAGGUUGACGGAAAGAUUGGAAGAUAAUUUUAAUAUCGUGAUUAUGCAACAACUAUUAGGUACCACCAUACAUCUUUGUAUUUCCGGCUAUCACUUACUAAUGAGUAAAGAAACGAAAGAUAAUAUAGCAUUGGUUUUGUUCAUUUUAUAUGGAUUUUGCGUGAUAAGCACACUUUUCAUUUAUUGUUACAUUGGCGAAUGUCUUAUUCAGGAAAGUACCAAUUUUGGUAAUGCCAUUUACAAUUAUGACUGGUAUAAUUUAUCGGCAAUGGACUCGAAAUUUAUUCUUAUUUGUAUGAUAAGAACGAAAAAGCCUCAAUUUUUAACAUCUGGCAAAUUUGUCGUCUUAUCUUUGACCAUUUUCACAGACAUCGUGAAAACUUCGAUGGGAUAUUUAUCGGUACUACGAACAUUUUUGUAA